CGGGGCGCCCGCGCCGCAGAGCCAGGCGGAAGGAGGCGGAGGAGGGAGCGGAGCGGCCCGGCCCUGCCCUGCCCCGCCGGUGUGAGCCCGCUGCCGCGGGAGCGUGCGUCCGGCCCUGCGGCUGCUCCGUGCUCGCCUCGCCCCGCUGCGCACAGGUAACCGCGGAGAAGGCGGCGUCGAGCCCAGCCGAGCCCAGCCGCGAUGCUGCGGGCCGCGCUGCCCUGCCGGGGCCGCGGGCGCUGCCGGUGCCCCGGGCGGCGCUGCCGCUGACAGCCGAGCCUGCGCCGGGCCGCUGCCGCCGGGCCGCAGGCUUUCCUGCUUUUUGUUCAUUCUGCCGCUCCUGAGACACCGCUUGUCCUCCUUCCAAGGGCUGCCGGCAGGUCCGGGCUGACUUGCGUUGGAUUGUUACCCACCUAUUUUGACUGCCUGUCUGAAACUAUUUAUUUUUAAUAAAAGAAAAACUCGAGCCACAAGUCCAGUUCAUAGCACGUCCCCCUUUCUGUGGAGUCCGGUUUAUUUCUGCAGUUCAAAAAGUUUACUCCCCGCCCCCCCUCCCCCCCCCCGCCCCCCCUCCAGUUUUAUUGACACUGAGGAUGAAGAAGGAUUUGCAAAUGAAAGCGCCUUGAAAUACAACAUCUUUUGGAGAGAGCUCUGCAGUUCGCCUGUUGAGUCUCAAAUUCCACCCUUUGCCCCUGCUGAAUCCACUGUUCUGCCCUUUACUCUCUGGGGUAAAAAACCAAACAACAACAACAAAAACCCGAGGGGAAAAAAAUACCUUUGGCAGCAGGGAAGCUUUGUGUGACUGACCCAACGAGCUACAAGUGUCCAGUUUUUGAAAAGAAGAAAACCCUUUUGUCUUCAGCAGAUCAGUAGCAAUUCCCCAGUUCUACAAGGAUAAUUACUGGAAAGCUGUGAAGUUUGAAGCAGAUGAAUCGUGCUUGGUAUGCGCUGGGAGGCAGUCCUCUGAAAUGAGACCUGAUGUGACUAAACCUGUGUAAGCUUGAUCUGGUUUUAUCAAGAAGACAUCUAAAAGAAUUAUUUUGGAAGCGAGGAGAGUAUCAAGUGAUCUGGCCUACUGAAGAGGAGACGGAAGCGAUCUCUGAGUGGAGAGUUUGAACUGGCAGGAGGAAGGCUGUGCUCGUCCCCCCAUGUGGCAGAACUGCUCCUCCUUACCAAGGAAGUAAAAGUGAAGGAAAUAGGUCAAGGGCAGCUUUUACAUUCCACCCAAAAGGCACCACAGUUUGAGAUGAGGAAUUCAGAAGAGCAAGCAGCUACGACAGUUUUACAGCGCCUGCUGCAGGAGCAGCUCAGAUACGGAAACCCAAAUGACAACCGUAACCUUCUUGCCUUACACCAGCAAGCCACAGGAAAUGCCCCCCCCUUCAACAGCACCGGGAGUCCAGCAUCUCAGAACGAAGGGCUGAGCUCCCAGGACCACCAGCUUGUGACUCAUGCUGCCCGUCAGGAGCCCCAGGGCCAGGAGAUACAGGUGGACAACAGCAUCAUGGAGAAGCAGCUCUCCCCGCGACUUCAGAACAGCGAGGAUCUCCCGACCUACGAGGAAGCCAAAGUCCAGUCGCAGUAUUUCAGGGGCCAGCCACACGCUAGUGUCGGGGCAGCGUUCUACGUAACAGGGGUCACCAACCAAAAGAUGAGGACUGAAGGGCGGCCCACGGUUCAGCGGGUGAGCCCAGGGAAGGUCCACCAGGAUGAGGGACUUAAGGACCUCAAGCAAGGGCAUGUCCGCUCCUUGAGCGAGAGGCUGAUGCAGCUGUCCUUGGCCACCAGUGGUGUCAAGGCCCAUGCGCCUGUCACGAGCGCGCCACUCUCCCCCCUCUCUCCGCUUUCUCCUCAGCAGUCCAGCGACCCUUAUAAAAAUUCUGGCUCCAAUGAGUUCUACAAGAACUCGGUGCAGCCCCCUUCCCAGCCCAGCAUGAAAGGAAUGGAGCAGCGGGGUCCUCCUCCAGAGUAUCCUUACAAAAAUGUGUCCACCCCGUCUAUGAACUGCAAACCUCAGGACUCGGGACAUUUCUAUAGUGAUCAUCGCAUGAGCCAGCAGGGAAGAUCUGAUGGGCCUAUGAUGAGGUAUCAACAUCCCCCCGAGUAUGGGUCAGUCAGGCAGAACCCAGAUAUGCAGCUGCAGUUACAACAGAGACCACCUCACCACCACAGCCCAACUUCUUCCUUGACAUCCCUGGGAUCUUUGACUUUGCUUCAGUCUCCGCCACCUUCCAGGCUGUCCCCUUCCCAGCAUCAGCAACCUCUGACUCCAAGCCAGGGAGAUCCUGGCAUUCUGCCACGGACCCAGCAGCCAUUCUUGUCAAACCAAGUCCAUCAGGGAGAUUUGUACCGACUAUGUCAGCCCUUCCUAGGCCCGCAGCAGCAGCAAGGAGAUUCCUAUUCAGUAAUGUCCCGGGCUCAGCAGAUACCUUCCCCAUAUCAGCAGAUGCAAGUAGAUCCUUUUGCCAUAGUUUCCAGGGCCCAGCAGAUGGUGGAAAUCCUGUCCGAAGAGAACCGGUCUCUACGACAGGAGCUGGAUGGGUGUUAUGAGAAAGUAGCCCGGCUGCAGAAGCUGGAAACAGAAAUUCAGCAAGUUUCAGAGGCAUACAAAAACCUGGAGAAGUCAUCCUCUAAGCGGGAUGCCCUGGAAAAGGCCAUGAGGAACAAACUGGAAGGAGAAAUUCGUAGGCUUCAUGAUUUCAACAGGGAUCUGAGAGAACGUAUGGAGACAGCCAACAAGCAGCUUGCGGAGAAGGAAUUUGAGGGGUCUGAAGACAAUCGGAAAACCAUCUCUCAACUCUUUGCACAAAACAAGGAAACACAGCGGGAAAAAGAGAAACUGGAAAUUGAACUGGCUGCUGCACGCUCCACCAACGAGGACCAACGAAGACACAUCGAGAUCCGAGACCAGGCCUUGAACAAUGCUCAGGCCAAGGUGGUGAAACUGGAGGAGGAGCUCAAAAAGAAGCAGGUCUAUGUUGAGAAGGUGGAGAAGAUGCAGCAGGCCUUGGUUCAGCUGCAGGCAGCAUGUGAGAAGCGGGAACAGCUGGAACACAGGCUGCGGACCCGGCUGGAGAGGGAACUGGAAUCUCUCCGGAUGCAGCAGCGUCAGGGUACAUCUCAGGCUGCCAACGUCUCGGAGUACAACGCCACAGCGCUUAUGGAACUCCUGCGUGAGAAAGAAGAAAGGAUUCUUGCUCUGGAAGCUGACAUGACCAAGUGGGAACAGAAAUACCUGGAAGAGAGUGUGAUGAGACAGUUUGCUUUGGAUGCAGCUGCAACUGUGGCUGCUCAGAGGGACACGACAGUGAUCAGUCACUCGCCUAACCCUAGCUAUGACACCUCGCUGGAAGCUCGUAUUCAGAAGGAGGAGGAAGAGAUCCUGCUUGCCAACAGAAGGUGUCUCGACAUGGAGGGAAGGAUUAAGACUCUGCAUGCCCAGAUCAUCGAGAAGGAUGCCAUGAUCAAAGUCCUGCAGCAGCGCUCCCGGAAGGAGCCUGGUAAGACUGACCAGCUCUCCUCAAUGAGACCCGCCAAGUCGCUGAUGUCCAUUUCGAACGCUGGCUCAGGCUUGCUGUCCCACUCAUCAACGCUGAGCAGCACUCCCAUCCUGGAGGAGAAGAGGGAGGACAAGAGCUGGAAAGGCAGCCUAGGUGUUCUGCUGGGAACAGAAUAUCGCUCCGAAUCCAUUCCCUCCACCCCCUCUCCUGUCCUUCCUUCCACACCAUUGCUGUCAGCCCACUCGAAAACAGGCAGCAGAGACUGCAGCACCCAGACUGACCGGGGCAGCGAACAAAGCAAAGCUGCACCUUCCACUGCAGCUCCCACACCAGGACGACUCCCCAGUACCAACCUGGCCUACAGCGCAGACAAAACAGAUGGGCCACUCUUCCACUCCAGCACUCUUGAAAGAAAAGCCCCUGUUCAGACCAUGGGGCAGGACCUCCCAGAUGGAGAGAUGGUAGAAUACCUCAUCUGAAAGGCUGUGCCGGGAUCUGAGCUGGGAUACAGUAGCAAGACAUUUUUAAAAGACAUUUUUAUUGGGAAAAAAUUUGUAGUACCUGAGUAAUAAAAGAACACUCAGCUGUU